AUGCGUUGCAGCAGUAAUAGCGCUUUCAGUAGUCGCUCGUUGUCCAUCAACAACAACAGAAACAGAAACAGCAGAGGAGGAUCGACGAGCACGAGCACCGGGAGAAAGAAACGCGUGAUUUUUAUGAACGUACGAACACCAGAAGAAGAGACGUCACCAUCGUCGUCGUCGUCGUCGUCAAAAAGAAGAAAACAAACGAGAGGAGUGAUUGCCAAAAGUAUUACGCAACAACAACAACAACAACAAAAGAGAGGACGCGCGUCUUUGAAAAACGCCGCGGUUGCCAUACCGGGUGUCUUUGGCAAAGUGGAAGCGCCAAGACCGGACGUUGCGAUACCGGGGAAAGAGGACCCGUGGACAGAUCCAAAGUGGAAGGAGAAAAGAUGGACGAUAUACAGAGACGUGGCGUACGAUUUAGAUCCGUUUUUUGAGAAACAUCCGGGAGGGAACUGGUUGUUGAAUUUAGCCAUCGGGAGAGAUUCGACGGCGUUGUUGGAGUCCUAUCACUUGAGACCGGAAGUCGCGGUGGCGAGGUUUCGCAUGCUCCCGGUGUUGAAAGAUUUCCCGGUCGAGGCGGUGCCAAAGUCGCCGAGACCGAACGAUUCGCCGUUAUAUAACUCGAUUAGAACCAGAGUUCGCACGGAAUUGUUUCCGGAGGAAGGUAAGAAUAAGCACAGACAAGGUGGGGACUUUGCCACGUGCGUGAUUUUGGGUUUUGCCGUGUUUGCGUAUUCGAUUUAUUACGCGUUUCCAUCCUUGUUAGCCGGCGCGUUGCUCGGACUUUCCGGCGCAUGGAUCGGUCUGACCGUCCAGCAUUGCGCCAACCACGGCGCCAUGAGUCCGUCGCCAGUCGUGAACAAUUUGUUAGGCUUGACGGACGAUUUAAUCGGCGGAUCUUCGUUGAUGUGGAGGUACCACCACCAAGUUUCUCAUCACAUCCACUGCAACGACAACGCGUUGGAUCAAGAUGUCUUCACGGCGAUGCCGUUGUUACGCUUUGAUGCCAGAAGAGAAAGAAAAUGGUUCCACAAAUUUCAACACCUGUACUUGUUCCUCGCGUUUCCAUUGUUGCAAGUCGCGUUUCAAGUUGGCGAUAUUGUCGGUUUGUUCACAAAAGACACCGAAGGUGCAAAGUUGCACGGGGCGACUGCUUUAGAGUUAUCUACUGUGGUUAUCGGCAAAAUUGCCCACUUUGGUUUGCUUUUGGCACCGUUAGCGAAUCACGCCACGUCUGCUGUUCUCGCCGGCAUUGCUUCGUUCGUUGCCGUUCAAGGUAUGGUGCUGGCGUGUACAUUUGCCGUUUCUCACAACGUCGCGGAAGCGAAAGUUCCGGAAGAUACCGGCGGUGAAGCUUGGGAAAGAGAUUGGGGCGUCCAGCAAUUAGUAACAUCCGCGGAUUGGGGCGGGAGAAUUGGAAACUUCUUUACCGGUGGGUUGAAUUUGCAAGUGGAGCACCACUUGUUCCCUGCGAUUUGCUUCGUCCACUACCCAGCCAUUGCGAAAAUUGUCAGAGAAGAGGCGGCAAAAUUUGGCGUGAACUAUGCGAGCUACCGCACGUUGCCGGGUAUAUUCAUCCAGUUUAUGAAAUUUGUGAAAGAUAUGGGGACUGCUGAUCAAAUUGGAGACAUUACGACUGUUCGUCACAGAAACAACGAACUCGCUUUACAAGUGGACAUCGCGAAGACGUCCAUGAACUCGCAAGCGAACGCGGCUGCUGACGGCGUUGACUCGUGGUCGAUCCAAAGAAACUUGGCCAGACGCAUGUUCAAUUUGCAAUAA